AUGAUGAAUAUUCCUACUACAUCACUGUAUGAAUUCGAAUGUAUUUACUGUCACCAGAAGUAUCCAACCGCUCAUUUUGAUACACAUGAAGAAAACUGUCCAGACAGACCUGAUUCUUCCUUUUAUCCAUAUCAACCACCUACUCCAACUGCGCCGCCUAUACCGGAUAUCCUUGCUAACGGUAGUUCUAAUCAAGGUAAACCGUCUCGCGACGUACCCCCGAUGACUAUCGAAGACCCACCGAAAAAAGAAAACGAAACGAAUGGCUGCCUACAAUGGAUCACGAACAAUAAAAAACGUGUUAUAAUUGUCACAGCAGUAAUAAUGGCAAUACUGAUCAUAACUGGUGUUGCAGUGGGUGUAACCGUUGGAAGAAAAUCAAAUAUAAGCACAGAUGAUGGUACUACUGAACUUUCAACGACAACUACAACCAAACGUCCAGAUCCGGAAUGUCUAUUGUCAACAUGGAAUGACAACGGCACUACCAUCGCUGGUUCUGAAGACGGAGUUCAUGGCGAUUCGCUUAAUCUACUCUACAAACCACGUGAUCUAUUAAUAGAUAAUAAUAACGAUAUCUAUAUUUCUGACACACUGAACAGCCGUCUAAUAAGAUACACAUCGAAUGCUGCCGAAGGAUAUCCUAUCUUGAACCGUUUAAGCAUACGCGGAAUUGCUUUGAGUGCAGACGAACAAGCCAUUUAUCUGUCCACCUUUGCAUUCCAUAUAGAGCGUGUUGAACGAAUUAACAAGAACGGAUCAGGUGUAAGUACUGUAAUCGUACCAACGGAAGUUUUUAGCGUUUGUUAUAGUCUCGUUGUUCGACUAGAAAAUACUUACAUUUGUGACACAAAUAAUAAUCGAGUGAUUUUAUGGUUUAACGCUAAUUCAAGUUUUGAUGUGGUUGCUGGCGGAAAUGGGUUUGGAACUGAUUCUGAGCAUCUGCAAGCACCUGAGGGAAUAUUUGUUGAUGAUGAUCUAAAUAUUUACGUCGCUGAUACACGUAAUCAUAGAAUACAACUUUGGAAAAAAGGAACAUCAAGAGGAAUAACCGUCGCUGGAAAUCCUCUCUCACUUGCUGGAUCUGGUCUUGGAGAACUGAGUUCCCCGAGAGCAGUUAUUAUUGAUAGCCGUGGUACAAUGUUUAUUGCUGACGCUGGUAACCAUCGAAUCUUGCAAUGGUUUAAAGAUGAGAUUCAAGCAAGAUCAAUACUUGUAGGAAGUACUGGCACAUUUGGAUUAAAUCCGAAUCAAUUGAACAAUCCUACAAGUUUAAAAUUUGAUACUAAGGGAAAUCUCGUUGUAGUGGAUAGUGACAAUAAUCGCGUACAAAAGUAUUUAGUUGAUAACAGUCAAUGUUAA